GCGCCCUGUCCACAGGGAUCCCACAUCAGUUUCAAUUCGAAUCAUGAAGGCUUUCAUCGUUCUGGUUGCCCUGGCCUGUGCCGCCCCAGCUUUUGCUCGCACCAUGGACCGGUGCUCCCUGGCCCGCGAGAUGUCCAACCUGGGCGUUCCCCGCGACCAGCUAAACAAGUGGGCUUGCAUUGCCGAGCACGAGUCCUCCUACCGCACCGGAGUGGUGGGUCCCGAGAACUACAACGGCUCCAACGACUACGGAAUCUUCCAGAUCAACGACUACUACUGGUGCGCUCCUCCCAGCGGUCGCUUCUCCUACAACGAAUGUGGCCUGAGCUGCAACGCCCUCCUGACCGACGACAUCACCCACUCCGUCCGUUGCGCCCAGAAGGUCCUCAGCCAGCAGGGAUGGUCCGCCUGGUCCACCUGGCACUACUGCAGCGGAUGGUUGCCGUCCAUCGAUGACUGCUUCUAAACUUAUUUUGACCCCGAUUAAAACGAUUGCAUAAAAUGAAA